CCUCCAAAGCCAAAUUGUCUCAUUUUUCCACUGCAGUUUGUCCCUUAGAACAUGGAGUAAAUUAUGGCACCUUUUCCUUACUACUAUAAGUUGUCUACUUCCUCCAUCUCUUUUCCCACUAUCCAUUUUUUCUUCCUUAAUUUGCCACAAACACUUGAAGAAAGUGAGGUUUGAUUGAAGAUAUGGAAAUAGAGUUGGCAAAGUGCGAUUGUUGUGGACUGAAAGAAGAUUGCACAAAAGACUACAUUAAUGAAGUGAAAGGGAAUUUUGAGGGGAAAUGGCUAUGUGGAUUAUGCUCAGAAGCUGUUAGAUAUGAAGUUAACAGAGGGAAGCAAUUUCUUGGGAUGGAAGAAGCUGUAAAAGCUCAUAUGUCAUUUUGUGGGAAUUUUAAGUCUAAUAAUCCUGCAGUUCAUGUAGCUGAUGGGAUGAGGCAAAUGCUAAGGAGAAGGUCAGGUGAUUUGUCGUCAAAUUCUUCUUCUCAGUAUACAACAUCAAUAAGCACAUCCCAAUUAAGUUAGAGAUGAAUCUUCUUUCACCUAUUUUAUUAUUAGUUAGACUAGGAAAAAACACAAAAGAAGCUUAACCUCGACGAAACUUAUAUUAUAGUAGGGAGCGCUUCCUUUUGUUUAAUCCACCCAAUAAAUUACGGAUAUAUCUCAAUUACAUCUUUAUCUUGUACAAACGAUGUUAUUAAUUUCAGUGGAGGCUACUGCUGCAUGCAGAUAUAUAGUUG